ACUACUCUGGGGACGGAUCUUUUUGAGUGCUGAUGGAAGAGCGUGGGAAGUAAGAGAACUGGAUCUCACAGUACACAGAUCCCAAGGCUGGGCUUUCCCUGCACUCCCUCUCUGCUCUGAAAUUAACUGACAGAGUGUUGAAGUAAUCAGAGCAGACCCGGCACUGCCUAGAGCCUCUUCUCGUGACUCAAAACCAUUCUGAGAGCCUGCCGUUGGGUUUCCAGCCUCACUGUUCUCUGAAUCAACUCAUUCACAGUUCUUGGACAUUCUGGACUCAAGGAGCAAAGACAUGACACAGGUUGAAUCCAGAACUGGAGACAUCAGAGGAAAAGUUUUAGUCCAGAGUCUGGAUCUGGCACAGUCUUAACAGGGGCAGUUAAGGAGUGGGAAAAUGCCAGGCUGGGCACUAUGACCGUCUGCGUGGUGCCCGUGGAAUGUGCUGUGCUCGGCCACACAUCCACCGUGAGCCCCUCUCACCCACUACCUGGACGUCACACACUUUCAGCUUGAGGAAAUCGCUUCAGAACUGCAUGACACACCAUAGCACACCAGUGAAAGGCCUUGCGGAGCCGGUGCGGAGGAAUUAUCUGCUGUCAGGUCCUGCGCCGGGCUGAUAGGGAAACGCAAGGUGAGAGGGACGGCCGCAGGGGGAAGGGACCGAUGAUGCCGUCUUCCACCAUGCAAAUGUUUGCCUUCAUUCUGGCGGUACUGGGAGUCGUGAGUGCCACGGUGGCCACACUGCUACCCAACUGGAAGGUGAGUGCAGAUGUGGGCCACAACAUCAUGACUGCCAUCUCGCAGAUGCAGGGACUGUGGAUGGACUGCACCUGGUACAGCACCGGAGUCUUCAGCUGCUCGCUUAAGUACUCGGUGCUGGCGUUGCCGGCUUAUCUCCAGACUGCACGCACCACUAUGGUGCUUUCCUGCAUGGUGGCGACAAUUGGACUCUGUCUGGCCGCCCUAGGGUUGAAAUGUACUCGCUGGGGUGGCAGCUAUCGCUCUAAGGGACAUACAGCGAUUUCCGCAGGGGCUUGCUUCGUCAUAGCAGGGGUCCUGUGUCUGGUGCCUGCAUCCUGGUUCACCAAUGAGGUCAUCACUUCGUUUAUGGACUCCAAAGUGCCCAAAAGCAGCAAGUAUGAGCCAGGCGCAGCGGUGUAUGUGGCAUUUGUGUCGGCGGGAUUCCUUUUAGCAGCAGGCGUGAUCUUUUGCUUAUCGUGUCCUGGUAGAAGAGGCGGUCCAUUGGAUUCAGGCUCGUCCCACCCCGACAAGCCAACGCAGCAAAAGCUGCGCCAAGAGCAGCCGACCCACGACCAACAAAAACAGCAGCUCCGCGAACAGCAGAGUCAGACCGAACCGGCAGAACAACAGCAGUCGCAUCAAGAGAAACUACGCCAGGUAAAGCUACAAGCAGACAAUCGUCAGCAAGAGAAGUCGGUGAACCUGGAGAAUGACAAGCAGUACCAGUCUCCAUCCCGAGCACAAAAUCAAGAUGCAAAGGCCGUCUAUAGUCUGCAUGACUACGUGUAAACAACAGUCAUCAACUCCAGGAGCAUUCAGGAUUUUCUUGCUUAUAAGCCUGUCUUAGUGAGUGGCAAAAAGAGGAGGGGAAAAGCAGUGGAGCGGCAGGAGGAAUAAUGACUUUAAUGCCGUUAUCAACCCUUCUGAUCUGUGCUUUCGCUUACAGCAAAUGAAGCAUUGGAGCUAUUUCCCAAAGCCCCGGAACAAAGUAAGGAUUGUGAAUCCUCGGGGUUCAUGGUUUUCAUUGCGACUACAAGUACAAAGGGGGGGUCAAAUGUUGAUGCAUCAUAACAAUUCAACAUAAGCAACAGGAAAAAGAUAUUAAAUGAUAAUUUUAUUGUUUUCCCAUUAUUUCAUUUACUUUCCAAACUAAAAUGCUAACUCUCAACGGUCUUAUUACAAGCAGUUUUUUCAGCCUUUUGGUAACUGGAAUCAUGCGGGAUUAGCGAGUUUUAAUUCAGAAGCUUGUAGAUGAUAUAUGAGGCAGUAUGUGCAUGCUGUUUGUAGAUAAUGCUGUUAAUAAUGCCGCAAAAAUGCUUGCAGUUAAAAAGCAGAGAAGGGAUAAUCAAGCUCGCACCUGAGGAUGCCUCCCACCAUCAGCUGUCCAUUAAAUGGUGCGUGUCCUUUACAAAAGGGAUUCUGACAUGACCUGUCCAUAUUUUUUUUAAAGAAUGGUGAUUGGGGGAGGCAGAGCAGCAGAGAUUGUCAGAGGUAAUGAUGCUCUUUGCUUUUCCAUUAGGUUCGCUACGGAUGGGUGCACAGUGCUCAUUUUUUUUUGUGAGCAGGCACAGACACCAACACACACACAUAAGCUUUCCUUCCCUCCCUCGUAUUCCUGCUAGAAGGGUAAUGGGGGCUUGCACCCAAUCAUCAUGAUGCUGUGCGUCAGUGUGUCGGGCCUGCAGGAAGUGCAGUCGGUCCUGUUCUAGGGCAAACAGGACACAGUAACACGCUGUUCGCACUUUUGUCGAAAAGUAGUACCAAGGUGACAGAAAUCUCGGCGGUGGCUUCAGUCUCCCCCGCUGGGCAGCAAUUACACCUUUGGUCUACAUCUCAAUUCGGGCAAACAGUCUGCAGUAUUUUCUGAUUGUUGUAAUGUUUUCACUUACAGUAAAGCCAUUGAAUGUAUUUUUUCAAAUAGCGAGGUAGUGGAAGAGAGCAAUUUAUGAUAUAAUGUACCACAUUUGAUUCAAGCUUACACUAAAUGUCAUUGUCUGUGCUGUUUUCGUCACAAUGAUGGUCAAGGGCUCCUGUUGUCUCCAGAGAGACGCCACAGCAAGACAUUUUCUGCCUUUCAUUUCUGUCUCAAUUAUUAGCACACCUACCACUCUUUGUGUUUGAUAUUUAUGUACAAAAUGCCUUAGAAACUGACAAAAUGGCUGAAAGUGACAAUGAAAGAGAACAACAAAACCAUUUUCUGAACAAAGUGCCAUUGGACCAUGUCUUACUUUAUUGUGCAUGUACUGUAAGCUUGAUAUAUCACUUAUCUAGAAAUUGUGUUUUUUUAUUUUAUUUAUUUUUUUGUUCUGAUGUUUCUUCAUUUUAGAUUUUUUAAUAUUUCUUUGCAAAGAAAUCUCAGAUUUCCAUUUGGAUUUCAGACUCUUGGACUGCAAUGUAAACGUUCACACUGACGUUGAAUGUGGCCCAAAUCUAAUUAUCAUCAAGUGAAAUACAAAUAUAUAAAUAAAAAUAUAUAUAACUGUUGUAUAAUUAUCACAUUGAUUUAGACAUUUUCAGCUCCUCUUUUGCCUAUAUUUUUUGUAUGUGAACAUCUGUUUUUUUCAAAGGGAUUCUGUUGUGAACAGAUUGAAAUUGUGAUUCUUGUGAUUUUUUAUAUUGUGAUUUUUUUAUCUUAAGUUAUUUUAUCGACCUUUGCCAUGAAUAAUAAAACAAUUGAUUUAAUUAUAUAAAGUAAUAUACAGAAGAGUGCAAAUUAUUAUAUAUAUAU